GGAAGAUAACAUUCUGUUCCACGACCACCUGGGGUGUACACAUGCAUUCAGCUGGCAUUGCUCCCGAACCUUCCUAGACUCCAUCUCUGGCUCUGGGGUUACCUGUGGGUGGGGCGAUGCCGGCACACAGGAAGACCUCCUCUCCAAAUUCUCCCUGUAGUUGGCUGGUUUUAUUCCAAGCCCUUCGCUGGGAUGCGCGAGGGACGGGGCUUGGCACGGCGUCCUCUAAGCGGUCUGCCCUCUGCCGUCAUCAUUCGUCCGAGCCAGCGAAAGAGCGGCCGGGCAGACGCGAGGGCGGUUCGGGCGGCGCGCGGCCUGGGCGGUUCUGCCCCAGCACGCGGGCCCCGGGAGCCCCGCCUCCGUUCGCGGUGACAGCUCCGCCGGGCCGGGGCUCGUGCCAGCCAGUGCGUCCCAGCCCGGAGAGUGCGCGCAGCGCCGCCGGCUGCAGCGUCCGAAGCCGCCCAGGGCGCCGCGCCGCUCCGCUCCAGCCUGCCGCCGAGACCGGUCCCUCCCCGGUGCCGCGCGCACGGCCAGCCGCAGGUUCGGCCACGUCCAAUCCGUCUGCCAGAAAAGCAGACGGCGGAGCGCUCUCUUCGCCGCCGACGCAGGGGGAAGGAGCUGGGGAGGGAAAAGCGGCUGCUGUGUGCGCUGGAGACUCGCGGGCAAGGCUUCUCAUUUUCCCAGGCUGCUUCCCCUCCCGGGUGAGGAGCGCCCGGAGACCGAGGAAGGAGCCUGGAAAAUGGAGCAGACGUGGGCGAGCUUCAUCUGUCACUACUCACACAAAGGCCAAGGACUGAGCGAGCAGAGCCCAGCAGUACUCAUCUCCAUAACCUCCAGUUGGAGCCCACUUGGGAGAGGAAUGGAGAAGGAAAGAGAUCAGGGCACCCUACACUCUCAGGCCUUGUUGAGGUCAGGCAACAGUUGGCUUUUAGGUCAGAUUUUAGACCUGGCCCGUGAAACUGAGUUUUCUUCCAGUCCUUCCCCCCAGAUACACUUUAAAAUGAAGACCCAUUCAAGAAGGGGUAAGAAUAAAACACCAUGUAUUGA